CAAAGUUUGGCUACAUAAAGAGCCUUUUAGGUUUAUCUUCAGACUCACGCUAAAGUGAGCUCGACAUCCUGGCCCUGGCCAUAAGACAGCUGCCGGAAAAUGACCCUGCAACCAUUAACUGCAGUGAACUGUGCAGGCCUCAUACAGCCCGGCUUCUCUCUGCUGCAGCUCGAUGGGGAAGUUCUCCUGUUUGGCCAGAAAGGUUGGCCAAAGCGCUCAUGUCCUACGGGAGUGUUUGGUGUUCGCAUUAAAAGUGGUGAGAUGAAGUUGAGGGCCAUCUCUUUCUCCAAUGACUCAUGCUACCUUCCUCCAUUACGUUGCCCAGCUGUUUGCCGCCUCGACCCCUAUGAUGGGCUUCCGGAGAGUUAUCUCAUCCACGGUGGCCGCACCCCAAAUAACGAGAUCUCAUCGAGCCUGUACCUGUUGACCAUGGAUAGCCGUGGCUGCAAUCGUAAACUGACCCUGUGCUGCAAAGAGAAAGAACUAGUGGGAGAAGUGCCAGGGGCCAGAUACGGCCACACCAUGAGCAUAGUUCAAAGCCAUGGGAAGACAGCUUGUGUAUUGUUUGGUGGUAGAUCCUACAUGCCUGCGGGAGAGCGGACCACGGAGAGCUGGAAUAGCGUGGUCGACUGUCCCCCCCAGGUGUUCCUGUUUGACUUGGAGUUUGGUUGCUCCUCUGCUCACACUUUACCUGAGCUCAGCGACGGACAGUCUUUCCAUUUGGCCUUUGCCAGAGAGGACUGUGUCUACUUCCUCGGGGGUCACUCGCUCACCUCUGACUCCCGCCUCCCUCGACUCUUCCGCCUCCGUGUGGAGCUUCUGCAGGGCAGCCCCUUGCUUUCCUGUGAGACUCUUGAAACUGGCAUAUCCAUCUCUAGUGCCAUAAUCAGCCGUACAGGUCCUACCCCGAGAUAUAUCAUCUUAGGUGGGUAUCAGUCAAACUCUCAGAAGAGGAUGGAGUGCAGCACUGUGAUUCUGAAUGAGAAAGGGAUCCACUUUGAGCCCUUAGAAGCACCUAAGUGGAUCCCAGAUAUCAUCCAUAGUCGCACUUGGUUUGGCGGCAGUGCCGGGGAGGGAAGCAUCCUACUUGCUGUACCUACUGAGGGGAGGCCGUCCCAAGCAGAUAUGCAUUACUUCUAUCAGGUGAGCUUCCAGGCAGAGGGAGACGCCAAAGAGAAGGAAGUAACCCAGGGCUGCAGCCAGGAGUCGACAGAAUUCGACGACUCCACUCCUCUCGAAGACUCUGAGGAGCUCUACUUUGGUCGUGAGCCGCAUGAGCUGGAGGACAGUAGUGAUGGAGAAGGGGGUAAUUACAAUGAGGAGGAUGAGGAGGACGAAUCACAAACAGGCUACUGGAUCAAAUGCUGCCUGGGCUGUCAGGUGGACCCCAACACGUGGGAGCCAUACUACUCCACUGAGCUCCACCGGCCAGCCAUGAUCUUCUGUUCCAGAGGGGAAGAGGGACACUGGGUCCAUGCCCAGUGCAUGGAGCUGUCUGAGACCCUGCUGCUCAGGCUCUCUCAGGGCAGCAAAAGGUACUUCUGCCACGACCACGGAGGCCUGCCCUACCAGGAGAUGACCCCACCUCGACAGGUCAUGUCCCCGAAGCGUAUCCCCAUGAAAGUUAAGGACAGGAAAACUCCUCCGACAAUCAAGAUGUCCCCUGCCAAAAAAAGCUUUUUUAGGAGGCUUUUCGACUGA